AUAUAUCAAGUUUAAAGUUCCCGUAUUUUGUGUCUCUAGCGAACAAGACCGACUCUGGGUUUUUUUUUAUCUAUCUAUCAAAUAUAAUCAUUGUAAAGUUUAGAUAUACUGUGCGUUUUGUUUAUUUGCUUUCGGAGAAGUGGAACGAAGGUGAAAACAAAUAUUUGUGAGUACGGGACUGAAACAUUGGACAAACAAUCAUAUUUGUUUGGGAGUAACGACAACAUAGAAACCAACACGAACGCAUAAAUUUACGCGUCCACUCGCUGUUCAUGCUUAACAAAAGUUACAUAUAUUCUUCGAACACAGAUUUCAUUGAAGGGAUUAUUGUGGUUUUUGGAAAUGGCCAACAUACAGAUUUACCCGACGGAUUCUGCCAACCCUACAGAGUCUGUUAUGGAUCCGCCCAUGGUAUACACCGCCAACCCCACAGACUCUGUCAUAGAUCCGCCCACUGUGUACACCGCUGGCGAUGUCGCAAAGAAUGAUCCACCCCCGUCCUACGACUCUUUGUUUGGGAAGAUUAAACAGGCUAAAGCGGAAUCUAAAGGGAAUGUGGACUUUGGGAAAAAGUGCUGCGCAAUCUGCACAGGUUCAACUCUGUUUACAAUAUUUGUAAGUUUGUUCCUUGGAGUUCCCAUAAGUAUGAUUGUAAUAGGUUCGAUAUACAUGUACGAUUGUCGCGCUGAGAGAAUGAUUCCUAUCUUUUUGGUGGUGCAUGGUGUUUUUCUCUGUGUUGAUAUUUUCUAUGGCCUACUGAAAAAAUGUCUGAAAGAUGACAAGGAAAAAGAUAAGAAAAUGAAGAAAGAAAAAUCCAAAGCCAAGAAAACGGAUGAUUGUCUAGAGACGCUACUUAAUACCUUCCUAAUUGUAUGGUUUUUCUGCGGACACGGAUUUACCUUCAACUUGGACUGGGUUUCCUCUCCUGUCACAGCUCCUAACUACUGUCAUCCCACGCUUUACUACUUCACCUUCUGGAUCAUCAUGUCGGUGUACAUACUGUUAGGUGCCAUUUUAGUCGUCAGUAUUCUUUCGAUGGCAAAUAUAGGGGUUUAUUCGACGGAUUUCGCCAACCCUACAAAGUCUGUUAUGGAUGAUCCUAUGGUCUACACCGCCAGCCCUACGGAGUCUGUCAUAGAUCCGCCCACGGACUGCAUGCUAGAGAAGUCGCAGAGAAGGUCAGCAAUGUGA